AUGGCCGCUGCAAAAUCUAAGACUGCUACCGCUAAUGGCGCCGGUAAGAAACCAAAGGCGUCUGCGUCUUCAACGAACGGUUCUGCCGCCCCAAACGGUACUGCUGGUCAUUCCACUCCCACACCCGUCGAGGUCACCUCGGACAACUUCGAGCUUGCUGUCUAUGCCUCCGGAAAGCCCGAAAAGACUGUCUAUGAGCGUGAGCAGGAGAAAAUCAAAGCUCUAAUUGAUGGCGUGCAGCUUAAAGUUUCUGCGGUGAAGGAAAAGAUCAAUUUGACAUCAAAGAACGGGCCAGGCAAUGACCGACGCAACACUCUUCGAGCUGAACUGGAUGGUCUCCGUGACCAGCAAUCCACCAGCAAGAUUUCGCGUGGGAAGACCUUCGACCAGCUCAAGUCCAUCCAGGAUGGUGUCCAGAAGAAGGUCAAGGAUCUAAAUGCCGCCAAAGCCAAGGCGCCUUACAAAACCAUCGCUGAGCUCGAUGACCGCGUCAAACAACUUGACAAACAGGUCGAGUCCGGCAAUCUGAAACUCGGCGACGAAAAACGUGCGCUUGCUGAGAUCAGCCAACUGAAACGCAGCCGCCGGAUCGUCGAAGGUUUCGAAGCAGAACAAGCCUCUAUUGAGGCAGACCGCGCAGCCGCGGACGAGCUUCGCAAGAAACUGGACGACCCCGAGGCAAAGGCUGUCUCGGACCGCUACGACGCGAUCAGAGCCGAGCUUGACGAACUCAAGAAAGAGAGCGACGAAGCGUUUGCGAACCGAAGUAAGUUGCUAGACGAACGCACAGCGUUGCAGGCGCAGCUCGAUACGUUCUACAACUACAAGCGUGAGUCUGCGCAACGUUUCCGCGAAGCAAACGACAAACACUGGACGAAGGUCAACGAGGAGCGUGCACGUCGCGCAGAGCGACAAAGAGCGCAACGCGCAGCGGAUGAGGAAGCAAAGAAAAACGAGAUUGCUGAGCGGAUUCGCGACGAGGCGGAGAUACCGGCGUUCCAGGCGCAGAUCGAGGAUUGCCAAACACUCAUCGAUUACUUCUUAGGCAAGAACGCGACACCGUCACUUUCCACCGCUCCUGUGGCAGCCAAAACCGAUCUGUCGGGUGUGCCCAAGCUCGAGCUGCGAAAGGUCGAACAGGGCCCUGGCGAUGGUCUGAUCGUCCGGAAGAAGUCGAACAACGACGAUGAUGCGUACUUCGUAGCCAGCUCGCGCAAGGGCUCAAAACAGAAGAAGAAUGGAGCCAAGCCGAGCUCUCCGUUAGAGGCAACCAGUACCGCUGCAUCAGGGAGCCAGACUCUGCACGUUCCCCUUCCGACGCUCUCAGCCCUUCUGUCUCUUUCGAUAGCGCCACCGACUUCAACGACUGACGUCCCGCGCGUCGUUGAAGACCUCAGAGGGAAAAAGACAUGGUAUGAGGCAAACCAAGCUCGCGUCACCGCCGAGAACAAGGAGAAGGCGGAGACCAAAAUCCGGCAGCUCACCGGAAAGGGUGAGCCUAAGGCCGACGUACCUCCAUCGGAGGAGCUCGCACCACCUAAUGGCGAUGGCGAGCGACCGCCAGAGCCUGUACCCACACCGGCCGAUGUCGAGGCGCCAUCUGUUGCUGUUCCCAGCGAGGACGUUGUAGAGAAGCUGGAGACAGUUCAGGAGCAGAACGGCGACGCAGACGUUGCCGAGGACGAGUGA